CUCUAAUUACCUGCUGCGCGCCACACGCUCUCUCCUUUCCAUAUGUUGGUUAGGAAGUUCACUGAGUAGACAGGUUGUGUGUGUGUGUGUGUGUGUGUGUGUGUGUGUGUGUGUGUGUGUGUGUGUGAGAGAGAGAGAGAGAGAGAGAGAGAGAGAGAGAGAGAGAGAGAGANGAGAGAGAGAGAGAGAGAGAGAGAGAGAGAGAGAGAGAGAGAGAGAGAGAGAGAGAGAGAGAGAGAGAGAGAGAGAGAUGGAUAUUGUAGGAACGGUGAAGCUGUGUCUUGCGGACCUGUUCGUGAGUGUGUUAUGGGUGUAUGUUGGGUCAGGAAUAGCGGUGGCAGCGUCCGCUCUGUCGCCCUACUUAGGGGCUUCGGAGUUCACCGUCGUCCUCCUCCUGAUUUUCGUGAUUUCCAUCGGGUUCGAGCUGCUAUGCGGCGCUCUCGGCGGCGCGAGUUUCAAUAUGGCGGUCGAUUUAGCGGUGUUUACGGCAGGCGUGGGAUCAGAGCGCACGCAUUCCGUGCCUGUUCUUGCUUGUCGUUUUCCGGCGCAAAUGGCGGGAUCCGUGCUCGGUGCCAUGGCAUUGGAUCGAACGGCCCCCACGGCUUUUCGGCAUAUGAUUGUGGGAGCCAAGCUGCAGGCGGACGUUCAUUUGUACCUUGGAAUGUCCGUGGAAAUGGGACUGGCAUUCCUGCUCAACAUCGCCAUCCUGUGGUCCGUCCUAGCUUGUCCGGAAGGUCGCACGUACCUUAAGUCGGGAAUUCCGCUGUUUACCACACUCGUGCUCAUUUGCUUCGGAUCUCCGUACACAGGAGCUUCCAUGAAUCCUGGAACGGCUUUCGCAUGGGCUUAUUUUGAGGAGAGGCACGUCACAGCAGAGCAUUUUCUGGUUUAUUGGGUGGGCACUAUGAUGGGUGCUGUCCUUGCAGCCUUCUUUGCUGCAGCCAUAUGGAGGGAGACGAAGGACGACACAAGGGAUGUUAAGGUGGACAUCAAGCCAACCAAAGGCAAGGGUAAGCAGGGGGAGGAAAAGGGUAAGCAGGAGACAGAAAAACAGGAAGUAGAGAAGGCAAACAACCUGAAAGAAGAAGUCAAGGACGAGACGAAGGACAAGGACGCUUGAGCAUUUAGUGACCAGCUGUGACCCGGAGACGGCGUACUCGUUGCCAGGCGUUUAUUUACGUCUUUCAGGUCGUCAGCGGUUGUGUCAGUCGCGCUGUUGGUGAACAGAAUUUGCUGCAAACAGUGUGAGAGCUAAGAAGUCGCCAUCUGCGGCAGGAAAGGUGGUGCUCAUGCCCCAUUCAUUCCUCAACCAAACAGGUUGCAAGCUUGGCGGCGAAGGAUGAUAACACAGUUCCAUGAAGAUCUCCCUCUCCUCUCCGCUACAUCGUCCUCUUGGGAAACCCACCUCUUCCUCCUCCUCCUCCUCCUCUCCCAAUUCUUGAAUGCUACAGGUAGUAUGAUGACACAGACUCACUCAGGGGCUUGUCUGCAUUUAGGUGCCUAGAUUCCGCUUUAAGCGAAUGGUUAAGAUAUGAUCCGAUCUACGCUCGUCGUGCUAGGUCUUGUCACUUAGUUUAUUUUGCAGUUAGUUUGUUAGCAUCCGACGUACGUUCCAUUUAUUAGCAUCCAACGUUCCGUGUGCGUCAUGUCACUAGGUCUUGUGGCUUAGUUCAGCCCUCUCUCAUGAUUUUGCAGUUAGUUUCUCAGCAUCCGACGUUCUGUGAAGUAUGGAACUUACUAGUAUUAGUCUAGUAGUAGUUACACUACUGACUUCAAAACGAGAUCGGUCAUCCGACUUCACCCCGGGCCCGCUUUGUCACUUCAGUGCUCUCGGCCGUGAUUGACUUUUCACGCUGUGACAUAGGGCUACCACAGUUCUCCGACUUCACCUCCCUGCGGUUUUGCUGCGUCGACAGCGAUAAUUUGUUAGUAAUGCGAACCCUGAGAAUUGACAACUUUGACGUACCGUUUAGGCGACAACUUGAACGGCUUUCAGACUUCGGCAGAGCUUUAGAUUCUGUCACGCAAUGGUUGUUCACGGUGCGCUGAGCAUGCACUCAAUUUUCGCUGCGCAUGAAAGCACUUCUGGCAUGAGGAGUGUGUAUGUCAGAAGUGUGUAGAAUAGUGUAUUUUGUAGGCUCCCUUUUUUUGUUAUUGAAGCCAAGGAAGGGAUAGGAGUGGUGGCGUGGUGUAGUGAAAUGUAGGAUGCACAGAAUGCUUCAUACUUGGCACAGUGGGACACAUGUACCGCUGGGCCCGUCGUUGGUUCCAUCUUUAUCCAUAGUCGGUGUAGCCAGUGACGCCCUUUUUCUCGUUUUUUGUUUAGGGUUUUGCAACUCAACGACGCCUCGUCAGUGUAGUCACCAGUCAGGAAGAAUGAGAGUCACAGGGCCUCGUUCCACUAGUAGAUAACAUUCUAAACUGUACCUGCACAUCCGCUUUGUCCCGAUACAUGCAAAAUGUUGAUAGUCGCCAGUCAGGAAGAAUCAGAGAGGGCCUCGCUCCACUACAUAACAUUCCAAGUGUAUUGGGACGUCUGCUUUGUCCUGAUACAUCCAAACAGUUGAUGAUCGUCACCAGUCAGGACUCAGGAAAAAUGAGAGUCACAGGGCCCAACUCCACUACAUAACAUUCUAACUGUACCUGGACAUCUUCGUUGUCCUGAUACAUCCAAAAUGUUGAAUCGAUCCGAACGUAUCUGGGCCAGGACAAAUUCCAGACACAUGUAGAACGUCGUGUAGUGGAGCGAGACUACCCACAGUUCAUACUUGGCUGCUAUAAUCACUUGAUAAGAGUGUAGGACCACAUGAAAGACCCUUUACCACAACAAUACGUUCGUAGUAGGUAGGUAGGUAGGUAGGUAGGUAGGUAGGUAGGUAGGUAGGUAGGUAGGUUAGUAGGUAGGUUGAUCUCCCUCCUCGCAGCUGGAGGUUCGGCCCCCGCCAUGUCCCUGUGUCUCACUCCUCACACUGUCAGUGGCUGUGCAGGCGGUGAGGCAACCAGGAAAGAAAGAAAGGGAAAAAAUGUGAGUAAGGCUGGCUGGCAGUGGGCGUUAUGAAUCCUUUUGAUGUCCAUGCCAGCAUGAAGGCAUGGAGGAGGAUGACAAACAAAUGUCGAUCGCCAAGGUGAAAGGUUUCUUGCAUAGCGUCCCCGCCCACUGCCCCCCCGCCCACUGCCCCCCCGCCCACUGCCCCCCCGCCCCCCCACCUCUCCAUUUGCACGUACGAUCAUUGUGUAGUAUAACUAGCAGAUCCUGUUCUAUCUAAUAGACAAGAAGAAAAGGAUGGAGCAACCUCAAAGGCUUCUUUCUAACCUUUGUCCCCCCCUCCAUCCGGUUCAUUUCAGGAAAGCCGCGAGCUUCCACGGUGUGCAAUACAUGCAGUUACCUUUCUUGAUCAGAUUUGCAUCGUCCUAGCAGUACAUAAUCUUUCUAAUGACGACGAUGACGUUUCUUCAUCGCAGGUCAUCAUCCAUCAUCUCUCCGAGUAGGAAAUUUAACGGGGCUCAGACAGACAGGCCAUUGUUUCCAGCUAGGUAAGUAGGAAUUGCCACUGCUUCGUAUGAUCAUCACAUGUGCGUCGCCCUAGCAUCACCAUGAUAGUUUUGUACCUUUGUUUCUCGAUCGCAGGCCAUCAUCCCCAACAACCAGCUAUGGCAUCGUUUCUUGAUAUCUGGGAUAGCUGGUCUCAUCUCAGCCGUCGUUCCUUGAUCAGCACAGGCCAUCAUCUCCAACCACCACUCCAUCCGGACCUAUUUUGACGGACCAAAGUCGCAUUUCCCUGGGCCUAGAAUCUGCAAUGGCGCAGUGAGGAAAAAAAUAAUUCUGGCACCCUCUCCCACCGAACCUCUACCGGGCCUGGGCCCAGUAGAUUUUGGCCCGGUACUUUGUAGACAAGAAAAAUGAAAAGUGUGGGAGCAGUCAGAGUGGCCGUUUACGCCAGUAAAUCGCUGGUCUCGAGGCUUAGCGAGGAAUUGCCGGGCGCAGUGGCGUUUGUUAACAUAGCCACCAUGCCAGCUGUGCAAUUGUUAUCGCGUCCGACCUUCGUGGGGAAUUCCGUCUCAAAGGAGUGUGAGAGAACACCUGCACCUGGGCUGGGAUGUUUGAGGCUUUGUAAGGAGAGGUCUUGUCGCAUACAGCGGCGACGAUGGCACAGAGGGGGUGGUUGUGAAGAAGAGCCUGCUGCUAAUUUUCACACCAACCAACCGACCAUCGCGCACCUGGCGUUUUGCAUGCACUGGCUCCUCACUUCAUCUUGGCAUUAGAUACAUUGCUGCCUGCAGAAGUUCUUAAGCACUUUGGAGGACUGGUUGAAGAGAUCGCGAGCGAGCUUUGAAGAAAACCCCACGCGCAUGCAGCAGAUUGUUUUUUUAACUUUUUUAACGUUUUUUUUUUUUUUUUUUUUUUAAUUAAUUAUCGAUAGGUCAUCUGACUCUUCUCAGAUUGGUCCUUAGACAUCAUCGAGUCUGUCUGUGUGUACCAUUGUGUGGCUAAGGAGCAAGCCAUGUCUGCCGAGAACCUCACAUUUUACUGCCUUAAAUUCCCAGAUCAGCGACAUCUUGGCUCUCACCUGCCUUGCUGCUGCCCUGCUCCUCGUUUCGUUCGAGCAUCGACCUUCGCUUCGACGCUUAGAACUUGUUGAGUGGUAGUGAAUUACGGACAACCAUGAUCAAUUUAGAUGUGUCUCUAACUUCCCAUGGAGAGAAUGAGUCAAACAUGGGGCAUUGCAAGUGGGAGGCCUAUGCAACGUAGAGAUCAGGGAAUAGAAAAACGUAAAACGAAUGGUAGGUAGCUUGUUGAAGUAGUAGUUGCUGCUCUUGCUUUUGUUGGACGGCGAGCAUUCACAUCACCUACCGAGAACCGGUUCCUCUAGCUUCAUAGAGGAACCGGUUCUCGGCAUGUUGUCCCUAGUCAUGCAUGAUCCGAACUGCAGAGAUUAAUGAAGAUGGCUUCAAAGUUCUAACGCCCCGGGAUGGCCUGGCAUCCAUGGGGCACACCAGUAGAGCUAACUAUCUCAGCGUUUUUCGUUUUCCCUUUUCUUGGGCCUUUUCCUAGUAUCUCAGCAUUCUCAGGCGGUGGCGAUUUUCCAGCGUGGUCAUGGAUGCUCAAUAGGGGAUAUUGCCGACAAGGGUUACGGGCUGGUGCUCACUGUGUACUCACUGUAUCUUUUGACGCUUGUAUCCAUUGUUGGACUCCUGCCGACUUUCGACUACUCUUCAUCUCGUAAGUGAUUUUGUAUCUUCACUCUGUGAAUGCUCACUGAAGUUUCACAAGAAUAUUCAAAUGAAGAAUGUGCGUGCAUGCAGAUAGAACUGGCUAUGAAUUACUCGCUGGCCCACAGAAUUCUCUCCCCAGUUCCGCUUUUAACGAGAUCCAAAGGGACCCAGGAUCCAAGGAAAACAACCUAAUCUAUCAAGAGCAAGAUGACUGCCUCUUCAUCAAUUUAUGAGCCGCCAGAUCAAAACAUGACACAACAAGCUAGUUGCACCUUGCUCUCCUUCUUACUACUUAGAUAAUAGAAUAAUCAGCAACAAUUAUAUAUAAGCCUUCUCACGCAGAUUGCACCCCAUACCAUUGAAGAUCGACUAAAGCCAGAUCCGAGGGUGAGAAAAAAUCAGGGAAUAGAUCCGGGGAUCUCAAGAAAACUCCUGGUUGAAUAUCAAACCAGCUGUAGAAGAAGAUGUCGUAGUUCCUCUUGAACGCCGCAUCUCCUUCCCCAUCAGGCCAUUUGAUUUCCCCCAAAUUCUCCCCUAAUGAAUCCCCCAGCCAGUU